AAAAAAUUUUUCGCGCUGUUUAAAAUGGGAGACGACGUCGUGAGUGCUGAGAAAUAUACACUCCUCCAAUUAAAGGCGUGGUGCGCAGCUGUUGGCGUGAACGCAAGUCAGCUAACAGCAGAAGCACGCGGAUUGUACCCAGGUAGCGGACCAGUUGACUUAACGGACGAAUCCAAUGACAACGUUGCCGAAAGAAGCGAUGGAGAGUCUGACGAUGAAGUGGUAAAUGCAGCGGUAAAUGCGGCGGAAAACUUAGCGGACAAUGCAGCGAAAAAUGUGACGGAAAAUGUUGCGGUAAAUUCAACGGACAAUGCAGCGAAAAAUGUAGCGGAAAAUGUUGCGGUAAAUUCAACGGUCAAUGUAGCGGAUAAUGUAGCAGUAAUUGCAGCAAACAAUGUAGCGGUCAAUGGAGCGGAAAAGGUAGCGGACAAUGUAGCGGUCAACAUAGCGAACGGUUCAGACAGCAAUGCAAAUUACAGCGUAGAUGGUCAGUUUGGCAUACAAAUGCACACAAGCCGUGAAGUAGAUGACCGGCGUCGACAAAUUAACAGCGGGGCCAAUGCCGAGUCAGAAAAUCUCAAAGUGAAGUUGCUGGAGAAAGAAAUCGAAAUGUUGAGGCUGAAGCUGGCAAUAGAAGAGCAAAAAAUACGCACACUGUAGCUAAAGAAUUUCCCUUCGAUACAAUAAAGCAACUGGUGUCAGAUUAUGAUGGUGGCGAAAAUUUUGAGAUGUGGCGUGCCCAAGUGGUGCACCUGCUAGAGGACCUGAAAGUAAACAAAGAAACGCUAGCUUAAGUAGUACAGCUGAAGUUGAAAGGUGCGGCCGCAACGUGAUAUAACACCAACAAGAUGUUUUUAAGGAGUCUGGAUGCCGUGCUUAAAGAGAUGUCUGCAAUAUUUGCACGUAGUGACAAUCUUCUGGUUACGCGAUGCCGUUUCGAAAAACGCAGCUGGAGUUAUGAAGAGUCGUUUGCUAACUAUUUCAAUGAAAAGUGUUUGCUAAGCAGCGGUUUGAACCUGGUCGACACGGAGCUAGUCGAAUAUAUAAUCGACGGUAUCCCAUAUAAGCAGUUACAGGUCCAGGCGAAACUGCAAAAUUUUCCAACAGCCAGCAGCUUGGUGAAGGCGUUUCGUACAAUCGAGUUGCCGCAACGUUCAUCUCCAAGGCCCAGCAAGGACAGAUUCAGGUGUUACAACUGCAACAGUUACGGCCAUUUGUCGAGAGAGUGCAGAAAAGCAAAGCGCGAAUUAGGUACCUGUUUUGCUAGCGGAGAAAAGGGCCACUACGCUUCAAGAUGCGGUAAAUACAAGAAGAGUCCACCGGCGAAUAAUUUCAAUGCCUAGUCGAUUCCGGGAGCCCCAUAAGCUUGGUCAGGGAAUGCUUAGUGCCGGGAAGAGUUAAAUUGCAGGAAGAGAAAUGUACUUACUAUGGAUUAAAUAUGUCUGAAUUAAAAAUUGUUGGUAAAACCAAGUGUAACAUUGAAGUUCUUAAUAAACACGUUUUGAUUGAACUUAUGGUGGUCCCUAAUGAA